AUGACAGUGACCAAAUCUGAAAAGGAUUGGAACGAAGCAUUGGAGCUUUUCCAUGAAAAGAAAUCCGAGUCCCUGGACGACCUUGUUCCAGUCUGCGAGUACAACGGGGAAUUCAUAGAUUUCCCAGAACACUCCGAAAGGAAACUUGCCUUUAUCGUGGUUAAUAACCUGGUUAUGAUCACGCAUAAUACGACCAAAGUUCACACCUUUGUAAAACGGUGCAUUUGCGAAGUAAUUCGCAAGGCUGCAUCAGAAGCUAGACUAUCUCCUAUGAUUUCUAUAUGA